CCCAGAAGCGUAUCGAGGUGAAAAAUCCUGUCGUAGAUUUAGACGGAGAUGAGAUGACCAGAAUUAUUUGGGAGAAAAUCAAGGAUGAGUUGAUUUUCCCAUACGUGAACGUUGAUUGUAAAUAUUACGACUUGGGACUGCCUCACCGAGAUGCCACUGACGAUCAGGUGACCAUCGACGCAGCCAAUGCCAUCAAAGAACACAGUGUUGGCAUCAAAUGUGCCACCAUCACUCCAGAUGAGGAAAGGGUCAAAGAGUUUAACCUUAAGAAGAUGUGGCUCAGCCCAAAUGGCACAAUCCGAAAUAUCCUGGGAGGAACAGUGUUCCGUGAGCCAAUUAUCUGUAAGAACAUUCCCCGUCUUGUCCCUGGUUGGACAGAGGCCAUCAUCAUUGGCAGACACGCCCAUGGAGACCAGUACAAAGCCACAGACUUUGUUGUGACCGAGCCUGGAACCUUUGAGAUGGUUUUCACACCUGCCAAAGGUGGCGAGGUGAAAAAGAUGAAGGUGUUUGACUUCAAAGAAGGCGGAGUCGGCAUGGGAAUGUACAACACAGAUGAGUCAAUUCGUGGCUUUGCACACAGUUGUAUGCAAUAUGCUUUGAUGAAGAAAUGGCCGCUCUACAUGAGCACAAAGAACACAAUCCUGAAACGUUAUGACGGACGCUUCAAGGACAUAUUUGAGGAGAUUUACCAAAGCAAGUACAAGGGUGAUUUUGAGAAGAACAAGAUCUGGUAUGAACAUCGUCUCAUUGAUGACAUGGUUGCCCAGGGCAUCAAGUCUUCCGGCGGAUUUGUGUGGGCGUGCAAGAACUACGACGGUGACGUGCAAUCUGAUGUCGUCGCUCAAGGUUAUGGGUCGCUGGGUCUGAUGACUAGUGUGUUGAUGUGCCCCGACGGAAAGACGAUUGAGGCAGAGGCUGCGCACGGAACUGUCACAAGACAUUACAGAGAACAUCAAAAGGGCAACCCAACCAGUACCAAUCCAGUGGCCAGUAUCUUCGCAUGGACUCGCGGAUUGGAACAUCGUGGAAAGCUUGACAACAACAACGAUCUGAUCAAAUUCGCUGGUGGUCUGGAGAAGGCAUGUGUGGAAACUGUUCACAGCGGAAAGAUGACAAAGGAUUUGGCAGGCUGCAUCUAUGGCAUCAAAAAUGUGACACCAGACCAGUAUCUAAACACCAUGGAUUUCCUUGGGGCCAUACGAGAGGAGUUUGAUCGUCAAAACAAGUGAUGAUAGAAAACAUUAGGCAACUUGUUUCUUUUUCUUUUUUUAGUCUGGACAAACCGGGUGCAUUGUAGUGAAUUUUUAACCUGUAGACUUUACUUCCUGCACAGAAUCUGUAUCAGCCUAACCAGAGUGCUCGCUUCACCGUCAACCUCAGAAACGUAACGGUCUUCGCUCCAUUCUGAGGCUGGCCACGAUGACACAGUAAUCUCAGAAGAAAGAUUCCCUAAACUUUCAUUUUUUCUCAUUGUCAUUGUCUUGUUGUUACUGUAGGUGGAACUGUUUCAGUUCCCUUAGGAGCAAGGUCUCAAGAAUGAUGGUUGCCUUGACAAUUGUCUACAGGGCCCGCAACACCAGCAAACUUAAUCAAGUUCUACUUAAAAAUAUGCAUGACUGAUCGGAUUGAAAUCUAUAAACAACGAAAAUACAGUGCUUGUGGUUAUUUGAAAACAUUGUCACCAGUUUCACCUGACCAAUCAGGAAAGGUUUCUCUUCAAAGGUGGCCAUUGAUUGGUCAGUCAAGGCUGGUUUGUGCUCACAGUUACAUUACUGGUAGACAUGUACCUUCUCCAUUAUGUAGUCUUAGUUGUUAUGGAAACUGGCCUAUCCAUUUUUCUUCUGAACAGGGUGGGAAGGUGAGUGUGAAUAAGUUUGGUAUUCAAUGCUGUACAGAGCUUGUUUUUGUAUGAUGUAUCAUAUAGUGUGCUGUAUUUGAGUGUUUUUGGCCAAUUCAAGGUUUCGUUUUUAAAGCGUUACCGGUGGUUAUCUUGCGUGAAUCAAGCUUCAGGUCUGUAUUUAUAUUCUCCUUUUUAUAGGCAGCUUGUCACUCAUGUUUUCAUAUUUUCAGAAUCACUAGAAGAAAAAAGUAAUUUUUAAUCAAGUGCUGAAAUAUGUUAAACAUGAAAGCAGACAUUGUAAUAUUUAGAUACCUCUAUUUACAAAUGAUCCAGACAAGUGUUCAUGGGAAAUCCAGUACCUGUAGCAUUGUAUUAAUCAAGAUGUGUUGUGCAGGAUGCUGCCACAGUUUAAUGAAUUUGUGGCAAUCUUUGGAAGGUUCUGGUUUUAAAUAUGCUCCAAAUCCAAAGGAUGACCUCUGCAUGGUUCAAGGACAUGUAAUCUGAACUUUAUUAUGAAAUUGUUACGGAGAGAAAUUGGGAUCGAAUGGAAAUAAUUGUUGCAAACCUAACCUGACCUAUUGCACAAUUUUCAGCAAGUUUAUUUUGUGAUAGAUCAUCCAAAGAUGAGGAUGGAGGGGGGAGAUAGUGGGAUUUUCAGGUGAUUGGGACAGACCUAUAUUGAUGCAAAAGUGUCCUUAAAACAGUGUUGAGAAACGGUUGCAUCUGCAGAAGUACUAGUAGUGCUGAGAAAAUAGUGUUCUGUAAUGGCAGGUUGAAAGCUGAAGAUCUGGAAUAAACUGGUGUUAUUUCAGAA